UGUCCCAAGUGAACGCUUUCUGCAUUUCCAACGCCUUAGAAGCUUCCUCGAGACACUCAACUUACUACUACUUGUCUUCAUCUCGAAUCUGUCUUUCCUUAACUUUUACACUCUGUUUUGUAUUCUUUCUCUUUUUCCGACACGUUUCCGAGUUUAGAGGAUAAACACAAAACAGUUCUUCUAUGAGACUCGCAGUUCUGUUUUUUUACUUACUGGUCGUUAUACGAAAACAUUCUAAAAAUAGAUAGAACAAAACACAGUUGUACUGAAUUUCUGUUUCUUCAUCGUCACCUUUGUCUUAACACAAUUAAACAGAGAGAAAAAUUAGUAUCUUCAGUUUGUUAAAAAAAACGAACUUCUCUUCUUCUUUUCCCCUUUGAAGAGAAACAAACAUUUCACAAAGAUCGAGAUCCGAUCAAAGAUGAGCCUCCAUGUUGUUCGUCUUCUUCUUCUUGAUCGUUAACGAAAUGGCGUCUUCUCAGUUAGAGAUCGCCUCUUUGCGAUCUACUAACUUCGGAUGCAUCCUCAGAGAUCGCAACCGAAUGCAGAACAAAGACGACGUCGUUUUCCAUAAGAAUCCGAUCUCCGACGGUAACAAGCCCAAAAAGAAGAACAGAAGCCGUCUCGGGUCGCCGGAGAAACCGCGUGCUAGAAAAGGCACCAACUUUUCCGACAGCACGAAGAGAAACGAGAAUCUUAGAGGAGGAGCUUCUUCUCUUGUGCAGAUAUGGGAGGCGAGGCUGAACCGGUCCAGCGCCGGAAACUCGCCGAUCCAUGGACAAGCGACAGAGAUCGUUCAAGAAGAAGAAACCAACCUUCCGGCUGCUCCAUCUACCGACGAAGAGUCUGAAUCGGAGAACGAGUCAAAGAGUCGUGAUCCAACGGUGGAGAUUGAAUCCGGUUCUCUCGGUAAGGUUUCUGAUUCGGGAGAGAGCAAAUGGGGCCGAGUCUCUGAGAUUAUCCGUAAACUGAAGCUAACCGCCGGCGAUAACGUCCGUCCCGCCGGCAUGUUGAACGUUAAAACGCCGAAGCAGGAGAAAAAUAGUUCGCCGGUGGUUGCUUGUUCUCCGCGGCUCAGAGGACGGCAAGCGUUCUCCGAUUUGCUUAUGCGUCUGGAACGCGACCGUCACCGCGAAUUGGAGACGCUUGUUGGACGCAACGCAGUUUCUAAAUUUUCUCAACGCGGUCGCCUCCAGUCAAUGCUGCGGCUAAGGACUCUCAAACGCGGCCUACUGAUUCAAGAUCGUCAUCGUUCUAGCGCAAAAACACCUGAUCUGAGUCUCCUUGAACUUGGUUCUACAGUUCUUAACCUAAGGGAAAGAUUCCGGGAAAGCGUCUCUUCUAAAUCAGAACUGAAGAAAGGGCAAGAAUCUACCAUGGAAACAGAGUGGUUAAGCCCUCGAAACCGAAAGAUAGAGGAAGUAAACUCACACAAGAAAGAAACUGAACCAAAGAUGAGUUACCUUGAGCAGCAAGAAACAAUGUUACCAGAAGCUUUGAAAAGAGAAUCCGAUAACACUAGCCCCCACACCAGCGUGGCUCUUCAAGAGCCGCGUACAGUGGAGAACCAGGUGGCGAACAUGGUAGAGAACCGUACACAUGGAGGAACUCAAGAAACACUGUUACUUGAGAGUCAAGAAACGUCGUUCAGAUGGGAAGAUCAAGAAGAGUACGAAGAUGAACAAUCUUAUUACGGAGAAAUGAGCAACGACUGGUUUACUGAAAUAUCUCGGCCUAAGACUUACUGGGAAGAUCUGAGGAAAUCGCGGUAUUUGGAAGUGAUGAACACUCGAUCUGACAAAGACGAUAUAUGCAAACUCCUUGAGAGAAGAACGGUUUCAGACUUCCUCCAGAGCGGAUUGCGAGAGAAGAUCGAUAAGCUCAUGAUGUCCCGUGUUCAGACACAUCCGGUUCAGCGGAUUGAUCAAUCUGGUAAAGAUGAACAAGAAUGUGACAUAGGCCAAGAAGAAGAUGAUGAAGUGAGAGAUGACUUGAGCCAUACGUCAUCGCAGAUAUUUGCGCCAUCACCGGCAGGAUCAUGGAGUUCUCAGGAUAUAGGAGUUUCUUCCACACCUGACUUAUCACCUCUGCACACUCCUCAAUCCACUGAGAUGGAGAUUAUAAGCGAGUUGAGAUCACAGAUUAUACAGCUCCAGCUAGACAUGUCGGAGCUACGAGACUCUGUCAAAACGUGUUUGGACGUAAACGCUAGCCUUCAAAAGUCAGUUCAACGGGAAAAUCCCCUGAAACGCAAAUGCUACGUUUGUAACGAAGCGCAAGUUGAAACACUUCUAUACAGGUGCGGACAUAUGUGCACAUGCCUGAGAUGCGCAAACGAACUACAAUGUAAUGGCGGGAAAUGCCCUAUUUGUCGUGCUAAGAUCCUAGACGUUGUUCGCGUCUUCGUCGAUUCAAGGACGUAACCAUUAAUAUAUAGAACCAACGGUUCAAAACGCUAACGAUACUUCGCUUAACCUUACACACGUUUUUUUUUGUUGUCUAACUUUUGUUUCUUCCUGUGUUUGCGUUUAUGUUUGACUGGACCGCAUUUGCGUUGUGUAACCACCAACCGAACCUCUUUUCUUGACGUUGAAGUUUUCUUGUAAAGACUUUACACAU